UAACGUUAGCGAUAGAAACACUUAUUCUUUGACGGAAUCAACGGAUGCGCGAACUGAAAUGACAGCACGAACUUAAGGGACGACCUAAUCUGUACAUUCUUACAAGGGAGUACAUUCGUGCGAAAGCCACGACUUUCCUUGUCGUGUGAGAAAUAUUUCUCUUAUGUACUUGUGUAAAUUGUUAGUCAAAGAAUAGUCCUUUCAAUGUUCGAUUCGAUCUCGCUUCUGCACAUCUCAGAAUUUCCGCGGGAAUUCAGAUAGAGCAUUUCCUUCGUAAGGUCGCGCGCGACAUUCGGGAGCAGCGGAAGUUAUUUUGUCUUCGUCCUGGCCGCUGCCUCGUGAUUGGUUGUGCCAUGAUAUACGUAGGAAUAGUGGGUCGCCGAAACGCAACGCUACGGAGGAAAUGCUGUACAACGUUGUACAUACAACGCCGUGAAACGUUGUGUACAUGUUUCCAUGUACGCAGGAUAUCUCAAGCGAGAGAAUAAAUGUGUCUGAGACAUCCUGUGUAUUGUUGUACGACUAUGUAUAUGGUUAGAACGGUGAAUAAUGUACGAAAGUACAGAUAUAGACGACACGAUGGUCGCUUUGAAGGAGCUAAGGUCGUUAAAGGAAUUAAGUGAAUUAGACUCGAGAUCCCUAGAGUCAUGUCUCACCGAGGAAUCGUAUGAUAGUGACAAUGAGAAUGAUAUCGAUCAUUCAGAUAGACAAACAAACGCGACAGAGGAGUGCAUAGAGAAAAAGAUUUUAGAGAUGAAAAAUCUUGAUAAUCUUAUGAAGAGAAUGAAUCUCCGAGUAAAGAAAGCAAGAGAAGAUACAUUGAUUUGUCAAUGUGAUAAUCGAAAGAGGCUGAAAAACAUUUUAUCAGCCGCCAGUCCAUCUGAAAAUGGUAAACUAGCUGAGAAUACACAGCUGUUUCUUCAAUUGUGUCCGACAUAUAUAACACUUAGCGCAGAAAGAAAAAACAUUAAAGAAUUGUAUUUGAAAUGUGAAAAACACGAUUCAACCACUGUGACGACAGAAUCACACACCAACAAUGUAUUAAACAUAUCGCUCGGAGCAAACGAUUUUAAGCUGCAAGCAUUUAGAAACCGAGAUACCAUGAACGUUAGCUCUCCUCAUAAUUCAUCGAACCACCUCAAUUUGGAAUUGCUUAACAAUGUCGAGAACGAAAAGUGGGAAACAAUGAAUACGAUAAGCAUCGCUGAGGAGGUAAUCGUUGAUGCAUUAGAUUUUGAUAUUAAUCCGUAUGUUAUCGACGAGGACACAAAGAAUGUACUCUUAGAACUGGACAAGAAACUUUCAGUCUAUUAUAAGAAUUUCUGCAAUGAUCGUGGGCAAUUGGUGAGGUUACAUGAUAGCAUAUCUAAGACGAAUACCGUGGUUUCCAUGAUAGACACUGUAUCGAUAAUGAAAAGCUUGCAAGAUGUUGAUAAAGAUUCUCUGGACAAAGUGAUUAAAGAGGCCUGUAUCAUUUAAUCCAUCGUCAAUUUUAAAUGUCGCCGAAAAAGAGAC